AUGGCUGACCAACUUCAACAACACUCAUCAUCGCCUUCUCUUUCCACACUAUUUUUCCGAUAUGCUGCUGUCAUUGUGUUGUGCUCUCUUUCCUAUCUGAUACAUAAUCAAUAUAUUGAAAAUAAUUUUAACAAACAAUAUUCUGGAUGGAUCAUGGACCUCGAACAACACUAUGCACAAUUUGCAAAUACAACCAUCAUUCCACCCAUUACGAACGACAACAACAACAAUACUGAAUUAUCCAAUAUGUCUGCUAACAACAACAACAUUACAUCACAAUUUAAAACAUUUUCAUUAAACAUUGAUCCAACGAUUUGGCCAAACAUCACACAAGAACUUGAAUCAAAAGUGUUGACAGCUGUCGUGAUCCAAUUCUAUUCUCCACAAAGCGUGUAUUCUCAAAAAUUAACAGAACAUUGGAAAGAAUUAACACAAUUAUUAUAUUCCAAUCCAGACAUGAUUAGAAAAAUUAGAAUUUGUCAAUACAAUGUAAAUUCCAGAAAGGCAUACAUUUAUACCAAGUCCAUGAUUGGACGCGGUAUAAUCACUUCAUUUCCUUCCAUUAUUCUAUUUUAUGCCAAUUCUCAAAAAACAAUAGCAACAAAAUCUUUUCAGUAUGACAUUCGUUCAGUGAGUCUUAUGAAGAAAUUUAUUGAAAAUUCACUCGACUCUAUUAAGAAAUAG